AUGGAUGAGGUGAUGCCACAGAGGUUCAGGAUGCCUCUAGUCAUCCAAUACUAUGGGUUUGGAGACCCGUCAGAACAUGUGGAGUCCUACCGUUCGUGGAUGCAGAUCCAGUCGGCCACAGACACAAUGAUGUGCAGAGCCUUCUCGAUAACCCUCUCCAUGUCUGCUCGGAGUUGGUUUCGACAGCUUAAGCCAAAGUCAAUCGGCUCCUUCGCAGAGCUCAGCAGAUUGUUCCUUACCCAGUUCAUCUAUGGUAAGAAGAGUCGAAAGCCGACUACCCAUCUAUUUACCCUCAAACAGGGGAGCAAGGAGUCAUUAAAGGACUUCAUCGCUCGCUUCAAUGAGGAUACGCUGUUAGUAGAUGACUAUGACAACAAGAUGACACUCUCCGCCACGUUCAACAGACUCAGAAAGGGAAAGUUCGUCUUCUCGAUUGGGAAGAAUCCGCCGACUACUUCGGCUGGGCUCAUCAGCCGAGCUCAGAAGUAUACCAAUGCCAAGGAGUUCUCCAACUCUCGCAAGAAUUUCCAAGUAGCCAAGCAAUCAUCCAAGGAAAAGAGAUCGAGGAAUGAAGAGCUUCAGUCAUCCAGCAAGAAGCUAGACGAUCGUGCCUCUUGCGAUCGCCGACUAAGCAGGAGGCCUGAAAGCAAGUUCUGCUCCUACACUCCCCUCAACAUAUCCCCGGAGCAGAUCCUGCUUGACAUUAGGGCUCAAAAACUCCUGUAUUAG